AAUUGGUGCUCUGUUAAUAUUCACUUCUUGAUUGUUUGUUCUCCAUAUUGAUAUGCUUUGCUUUUGAAGAAGCUGUCUUUUUUCUCCUGUAAAUCCAAUCCAUUUCCACAUAUAAAACUUUUGUGUGCAAAUGUUGUCUCUUUUGCUCGCUGUGCCUCCAGCUUUCUGUUGAAAAUAUAGUGCUGAAAAUGGAAGCUGGCUGGAAGAGAAUCUGAUGCCGACACUAGUAUAUGGAAGUUGAAGUACUUUCACUGGCUAGUAUGCUGUUCACCAAGGAAAUGUUUUUGGUGUAUUACUCUUCAUGGCGCCCAUGAUUACGUUCAAAAGGAUUAUUAGCAAGAGAUCAACAGAACAGUUCUCUAGCAUACCUUAUGUAAUAGCUCUGCUCAAUUGCUUGCUCUCAGUUUGGUACAGUUUACCUUUUGUGUCACCAGACAACCUGCUGGUAACUAUCGUCAAUUCCAUAGGCGCUGGCCUGGAGGCAACCUAUGUGUUGAUUUUCCUCAUAUUUGCCCCCAAGAAAGAGAAGGCCAAAAUUUGCGGAUACCUCUUUGUGGUCUUUUCCAUCGUCUCAUGCGUGGCCUUGAUUUCCCUGUUGGCAUUUCAUGGCAAUAAAAGGAAGCUCCUUUGCGGCUUUGCUUUUACAAUUUCUUGUAUUAUGAUGUAUGGUUCUCCUCUCUCUGUAAUGAGGCUGGUAAUCAAAUCUAAAAGCGUUGAGUACAUGCCAUUCUUCUUGUCACUAGCUGUUUUCAUCUGCAGUAUCUCAUGGUUUAUCUUUGCCCUGCUCGGAAAGGACCCUUUCAUUUUGGUACCAAAUGUCAUUGGAACUUUGUUAGGAGCAGUGCAGUUAAUUUUAUACGGAAUUUAUCGUGAUAACAGAGGGGUAGUCAAGAAAGAUGAAAUGAACGAAUCUAUAGAGACGAGGACUGGAGAACUCCAAGACAAGAAGCUAGCUUACAACGGAGACGCGUGAGAAUGGCAAUCCAGAAACUGUAACUCCAUUUGGAUCAAAAGUUAUGGUUGCUUGUUUUUCUACUGUAGAGGAACAUAUUCAACUACUUAC